AUGUCUAACAGGUCGCCAUAUGCGCGCUCGCGGCAGAAGUCAUGCAUCUCUUGCGCCGAGGGGAAGCGGCGUUGCAAUCGUCAAACCCCGCAGUGCUCACGGUGUCUUGCCCAGGGGCUGGAAUGUACCUACCUGAGUGCAUGGUCUCCACAAAAGCGCCAGAACAUAUCGAGACAGUUGGAAUCAUCAAACUUUUCGGAAGUGUGGCCAGAAACAUCCCCUGUUUCCGAUGAGGCUCUAUCAUUUUGGCCGUUGAACGACUCUUCAUCCGACGAUACGAGUUUCACUACGUCAUGGCUUAAUUCGAUGCCCUCUCUGCUCAUACCAUCACUUCCUCCAGCUGAAUUUUACCCAGAAACCACCAUCCUAGAUAAAUGGUCGACCAAUCAACUUUUACAUAAUAUCAAACGCUACCCGCAGAUGUUCGUUAAUUCUCGAAAAACACCAUUCAUUCAUUCCCGCCUCUACGAUGCAUACUUGCCCGAUACUAUUCAAGAUGCUUUUACAGCUUUGGCAGCUUAUGGUACCAAGACGUCAGAAACAGAAGACUUGAUUUUCCGUAUACUGGAGAGCAAGACUACCAACCUCGUGGCGCAAGACCAUCACACAAGUACCAUGCCACAGGUCCUCGCCGCAGUGCACGCACUGAUGCUGUUUCAAAUCAUUCAACUCUUCGAUGGUGAUAUUCGACAGCGCUCACUAGCAGAACAACAUAUGGAUACAUUGCGGAUUUGGACCUUUAAAUUACAAAUACGAGCCGGAGAGCUGACCCCUCCGCUCAAAUGGCAAGACUGGAUACUUGCAGAAAGCGCUCGAAGAACGAUAAUCUUUGCUAUGAUGAUCGAGGGCGUGUAUUUGACACUGAAAACUGGGAGUUGUCCGAAUGUCAAGGCAAUGAGUAUACUGCCUUUCACAUCCGAAACUACUUUAUGGGAUCUUAGUACCAGUGCUUCAUGGCUUGCAGAAUCAGAUCAAUUGCGAUCUGAAACUGUACUCUAUGGUGAUUUUACAAAGGGUUGGCAGGAGGGAAAAGUCUCGAGACGACUGGAUGGGUUUCAAAAGCUUUUACUCAUACCGUGUCUGGGUGAGAGAUACAGAGAAGUACUGGAGCUAGAUAGUUAA